UCGAAUAUUGACUCCCCUCACAUGUCACAGCGAUGACCUCAAUGAUGCUGCCAGCCCAGUCCAAGCCUUCAACCACACAAUGGCAAUUCGAUGACGAAUCCCCUGCUGGAUACCCCUUCGUGGAAUGGGAACCCGACUCGCCCCCAUUCUGACCAGUCAUGACGUCUUGCGGAUCUGACGAGCAGGACUUAUUGCCGGCCGGCACUUGAUGGGAUAUAUAUAAAUAUUGUAAUUUGGAUCUCUGUUUUGACAUAAGAAAAUCGACUUCUUCCUCCAAAAACUGACCUCUGUUCUCCUUAACAUAUCUGCUUCUUACCGGUGAUUGAUACCCCCUUCCCUGUGGUAACCGACACUCGCAAACGUUCAUCACCAUGGCUACGUCUCAAGCAGCCCUCAAGGCCGAGCAGGCCAUUGGUCACGGUGAUAACGCUACGACGCUCCAGGACAUGAGCAACCCGUCUUUGUACAGCUCUGGCGACGCCUCAGAGAAGAUGAAGGCGCUGGCAUGGAUGGGCAAGAACAAGGUCGAGAUCGUCGAGUGCCCCAAGCCCAAGAUCCUCGAGCCUCGCGAUGUCAUUCUCAAGAUUACCGGAUCGACAGUCUGUGGUUCAGACUUGCAUUUGCUACAUGGAACUGUCGUCGAGAUGCAAAAGGGCGACAUUCUGGGCCACGAGUUCUGCGGUGUUGUGGACGCGAUCGGUCCUGGGGUUAAGAACUUGAAGAAGGGACAGCGCGUUGUCGCAUCAUUCCAGAUUGCCUGCGGCGAGUGCUAUUACUGCAAACAGAAGCUAUCCUCGCAAUGCGAGAAAACCAACGCCAACACCCUCAUGAACGCAAUGUAUGGCGGCCGCACAGCAGGCAUGUUCGGCUACAGCCACUUCACUGGCGGAUUCGCCGGCGGCCAGGCAGAGUACACCCGGGUUCCCUACGCCGACGUCAACCUGCUUCCCCUACCCGACGAUGUCCCUGAUGAAAAGGGCCUGUACCUCAGCGACGUUCUGGGAACGAGCUGGCAUGCAGUCGUGGACACUGGUGUGAAGAAGGGAGACGUGGUCGCCAUCUGGGGAGCCGGACCCAUUGGCCAAAUGGCCGCUGACUUCUCCCUCCUCAACGGCGCCUCGCGCGUCAUCAUGAUCGACCAGAACUGGCGAUUGGAGUGGGUCCAGAAGAAGUACCCGAACGUUGACAUUUUGGACUUCACCAAGCUGGGCAAGGGAGAAUCCGUCACAAGCAAGCUCAAAGAGAUGUGCAACAACCGCGGUCCGGACGUCAGCAUUGAAUGCGCUGCUGGCGAGUACGCGAAGGGCUGGGCUCACUAUUUUGAGAUGUUGCUGGGCUUGGAGACGGAUACCAGCGAGAUUGUCAACGAGAUGAUUACCAGCACUCGCAACUUUGGUCGUUGCGGUAUUACCGGUGUCUAUGCUGGCUUCACCAACCACUUCAACAUCGGCUCCCUCAUGGAGCGCGGCAUCCGCCUCAUCGGCAACGGCCAGGCGCCCGUACAGCUCUACUGGGAGUCACUCCUCAAGAUGAUUCAGGAGGGCAAGAUCGACCCGCUCAGGAUGGUCACGCACCGCGUCCGCCUCGAGGACUUGGACAAGGUGUACUACAAGUUUGAGAACAAGGAGGACGGCAUGCAGAAAGUCUUUGUUGAGACGAGGUUCUCGCGCCCUGCGGCACCGGGAAGUCCAAGCCUGACGAGGUAUUGAGUUGAUGGUUAUAGUUCAUGGCUGAUGACAGACAGUAUCAGGGGACUUCAUGAAAGUGUGGGCGAGUCAGUUGGCGUUUCCGUUUCUUGUUUUGGUAGAUUGGGUGUAAAAUACUACUAUAAACAUUGAUCUCUUGUUAUGAACGAAUGUGUAUCAUUAGGAUUAGUAUAUAUAUAUAUAUAUCUUGGUCUUGAUGCACGUAUCCCGCUCAAGUGGCACGACAAAUCGCCCCUCAACGUCC